CAGUUUGUGCGCUUUCGCGAAACCGCAACAGUUUCCCGUGAAAUGCCUCAGAAUUGUGCAGCGUCAGCAAGAAUUUUCGGACUAAUCGCCGCCUGGCAUCUGAUCCUCGGACUGGCGCUCGCCAUGCCAGCCAUGGACGAUGACCUGUACUAUGACAGACAAUUCUCGCGCGAUUUCACACCUUGGAUGGCGGCUUCGCUGGCGUACACGCGACAGCCAGAAACUCCCUGCCAAUUCUACAAUCUGCCCGGAAAUUAUCUCACGCCGCCGCAAAUCCACAAGCGCAACUCCGAACUGAUAAACUCUCUCUUGUCGCUGCCAAAGACAAUGAACGAUGCCGGAAAGUAGAGGAGCAACG